AUGCUGGAGACCUACAGGAACCUCACAGCCAUAGGCUACAGUUGGGAAGACAAUAAUACUGAAGAACAUUGUCAAAGCUCUAGAAGACACAGAAGUAAUGAAAGAAGUCAUACACGAGGGAAUCCCUGUGGAUAUAUGAAAUGCAUUAAAUCCUUUGUGUGUUACAGGCAUCCUCAAAGGCAUGAAAAAAUUCAUACUGGAGUGAAACAGUCUGAAAUUCUUCAAUAUUUUGAAGUGUUUCAAUGUCACAAUUUUCUUCAACUCCAUAAAAGAACACGUACUGGAGGGAAAACCCAUGAAUGUAAUCAAUGUGGUAAAGCAUUUUCACAACACUCUAAACUCCAAGUACAUAAAAGAACACAUACCAGAGAGAAACCAUAUCCAUGUAAUCAAUGCGGUAAAGCCUUUGCAUGUCAUGGUGUGCUUAAAAGACAUAUAAGAACACAUACUGGAGAGAAACCCUAUGAAUGUAAUCAAUGUGGUAAAGCAUUUUCACAACACUCUAAACUCCAAGUACAUAAAAGAACACAUACUGGAGAGAAGCCAUAUCCAUGUAAUCAGUGUGGUAAAGCCUUUGCAUGUCAUGGUGUGCUUAAAAGACAUAUAAGAACACAUACUGGAGAGAAACCCUAUGAAUGUAAUCAAUGUGGUAAAACUUUUGGAAGUCAUGGUCAGCUUCAAAGACAUAAAAUGAUACAUACUGGAGAGAAACCCUAUGAAUGUACUCAGUGUGGUAAAGCCUUUUCUACGAAAAGUAAUCUUGAAGUACAUAAAAGAACACAUACUGGAGUGAAACCCUAUGAAUGUAACCAGUGUGAUAAAGCUUUUACAAGUCACAGUAAGCUUCAAAUACAUACAAGAACACAUACUGGAGAGAAACCCUUUGAAUGUAAUCAGUGUGGCAAAGCCUUUGCUCAGCACAAUAAUCUUCAAGUGCAUAAAAGAACACAUACUAGAGUGAAACCCUAUGAAUGUAAUCAAUGUGGUAAACCUUUUGCAAGUCAUGGUCAGCUUCAAAGACAUAGAGUAACACACACAGGAGAGAAACCCUAUGAGUGUAAUCAAUGUGGUAAAACCUUUACUCAGGACAGUGGUCUCUUAAGGCAUAAAAGAACACACACUGGAGUGAAACCCUAUGAAUGUAAUCAAUGUCGUAAAGCUUUUGCACGUGAUAGUCAUCUUCAAAGACAUACAAAAACACAUAGGGGUGAGAAACCCUAUGAAUGCCAUAGAUAUGGUAAAGCAGGCAGUAAAGUGUUUCCACAAUACAGUAAACUACAAAAACACAAAAGAACACAUACAGGAUAG